GGCGGGUCUCUGUCCUUCGGUUUGCUUGGGGAGAGAGCGGCCCGUACCGGGAGGGCUCUAGCCGGCCUGGGCCGCGGCGGGAUUCAGAUCCUUAAAUAAGUGCCUGGGACUGCAGAUUUCUCACAAUGACUAGUAGUGUGCCUUCUGAUGUGGUUGGUCGAAGAAUCCUGUGUGAUACAGAAUAUGCAACUGUGCGGUAUGCUGGUAGUGUUCCUCCCACAACAGGACUUUGGCUUGGAGUAGAAUGGGACAAUCCUCAAAGAGGAAAGCAUAAUGGCAACCAUGAAGGAGUACAGUAUUUUAAAUGCGAUCACCCUACAGGAGGAUCCUUUAUCCGUCCAAACAAGGCAAAUUUUGGUGUGGAUUUUCUUAUUGCAGUAAAGAACCGCUAUGGAUUGAAUGUUGAACAAGAUGUUGAACGUGAGACAGAGAAUGCAUUAGUCAUUGGAAAGAAGACUGUGGAACUUGUUGGUUUUGAUUCUGUUAUAGAACAACAAAGUCAACUGAACAAAUUGGUAGACAUCUCAGUGAGAGAAUGUGCAGUGAGCCAUGCUGGUCAGAAAGAGGAAAUCAGCAGAACGUGUCCUAAUAUCAGGAGUAUAAAUCUAUCAAAAAAUCUGUUGCCAUCCUGGGAGAAAGUUACAGAUAUUGCUUGUCAAGUUCAGAAUCUGGAAAGUCUUGACCUCAGUGAAAACAAGAUUAAAUUUCCAUCUGAUUCUGCUUCUAUAACCUGUACACUUAGUAAAUUGAGGGUUCUGGCACUUAAUCGAACUGGAAUAACAUGGGCAGAGGUUCUUCUCUGUGCUCCAGGGUGGCCAGCACUUGAAGAAUUGUACCUUGCUUCUAAUGAUAUUACAGUUUUAGAAAGACCCAUUAAUGUUCUACAGACCUUGAAAUUGUUAGACCUUUCAAACAACCAAUUAAUUGAUGGAAGUCAACUGCAUCUAAUAGCAUAUCUCCCCAGAUUAGAACAACUAAUUCUUUCAAACACUGGAAUUUCUUCUAUACACUUUCCUGAUGUUGGAUUUGGAUGCAAGACUAAAAUGUUUCCUUUAUUACAACGUCUUGUAGUAGAUGACAAUAAAAUAUUGCAAUGGUCAUUUAUCAAUGAGCUUGAUAAGCUACAAUGUUUGCAGUCACUGCACUGUCAGAAUAAUCCUUUGAUGGGCACAGAGAAGAACCCAGAGACAGUCAGGCAGCUUAUCAUUGCCAAAAUAGGCCAAUUAAAGUUUCUGAACAAAUCUGAGAUCUUUCCUGAUGAAAGAAAGGGAGCAGAGCUUGACUAUCGCAAAAUGUUUGGCAAUGACUGGAUAAUGGCUGGUGGGAAUCAGAAUCCAGACAAAAACAGACCAAAUGAGGAAUUUCUUGCUGCUCAUCCUAGGUACCAGUUACUCUGCCUUAAAUAUGGUGCUCCUGAAGAAGGUGAACUGAAAAGACAACAGCCUUUCAUUCUGAAAAAUCAGCUGCUAACUUUGACAAUUAAAUGUCCAGACAAACCUGAUCAGAAACCUAUAGAGAAGAAACUACCAGAUUCUAUGACUAUUCAGAAGGUCAAAGGCUUGCUGUAUCGUCUACUUAAAAUUCCUGGUUCAGAACUGAAAUUGUCCUAUGAAAGUUCUAAAUCCAUCCUCUCUGCAAUGGGAGAGGAUUGGCACUUACUAUGAAGACUGAACAGGUGGACUGACAUAAUGUAAUCCUGUUAAAUUCCUUUCCAAAUGUUACAGUGCCAUGCCUUUUGUUGUUCUGACUAUCUCUCAUUAGUAACAGUGUGCAUAUGGCAGAGUCUCAAUUCCAUCUGAGCUCUGUGCCAUAAACAUACAUGCUUCUUUAAAACUUAUCUGUGAACCUCUACUUCCUCUUUAGUCGUUUGCUGAUUUGUGCUCGCUUGCUCUUUCCACAAUCAUUCGGAAAAUGAGCGACUGAUUCUGUCUUUGACAAUCUGGCCUGCCAACUGCUUGUUCUGAAGUUAUUUCCCUCCAUCCUUCCUCACCCUUACAAGGAUGAGCCAAAAAAACCAUAACAAAAACCAGCACUUUAGUUAAAAGACAGAUGAAGUAAUUUGAACAAUCCAAUAUUUCUUAAUGUAGAGGAGUAGGGAAAGGUAUUGUCUCGCACCAAUUUUGUAGCACUUAAACAUUUCACUUCACUACAAACAGAUCUCAGAUAACUGGAUGUCAAUAUAUGUGCUUUAAAUCUCUUCUGAAUACUUCAGCAUCUUAAAUAUCAAAAAGACUAUGUGACAAAGCAUAAACCCCAUCAAUCCAAACAAGAAAUGUCAUGUCAUCCUGUAGAUAUACAAUGCCAACGACAUAGUAAAAAUAU